AUGAUUUUUAGAGAUCGAAAGUUUAGUGGUUUGAAAUGGAUGACAAGGUCAAUGAAAGUCAAGUGUGAUGAGGUGACUCGGAGGUUUUUGAUCGAUUGGAAAUCGGUUUCGAGCAUCCAAGAUGAAGAAAUCAUGAGUUUAGAUGAAUUUCUUUGGGGUUGGUUAAAUGUCAAUACAAGGUGCCUUUGGUUCGAUCUAGGACUCAAAGAUCAUGAUGACAAUAUCACCUUAGCACCCGUCAUCGACAUGGUAAAUUACACCCUCUCAAGCAAAGUGAAACCAAUCUGCACUCCCAACACAUUCAGCUUAUACUCAUCCCAUCCGCUCAACCAAUUCACAUCCCCAAGCACCAAACGCUUAAUCAUAUCAUCCCAAACCUCCCGAUCACCUACCCUUCAUCCUACUCUCUCACAUCGAAAAGGUGAUGAGAUUUUGUUUUCCUAUGGGUCUCAUAGUAAUCUAACACUUUGGUCAGAGUAUGGGUUUCUUAUUCGACCAAAGUUUUCAAAUGGUUGGAAUUCGGUUGAGAUUACUAGAGAGGUUUUGGGUUUGUUUGAGGAUGAUCAUGAUGAUGGGGUGCAGAAAUUGUCGGUUUUGAAGGAUUCAACGUACUGGAAAGAUUAUACCAUUGAAUCCAAUCCGAUCGGUCCAUCUUAUCGUACCUUAACCGCCUUACGAUUACUGUAUUGUCCAUCUCUGAAACUUUCGAAUUGGUAUGAGAUCAUUAAUGGUGAAAAAGAUGAAUGUAGUUUAAAUGUUGAAGAUCAAAUUAAAGGAACGAUUGAAAAGAUUUGUUUAAAAUUGAUUGAAGAGAUUGAUUUGAGUUUAGUAGAUCGAUCGGAUUGGUGGAUUGGUAAUGAAGGGGAAGGCUUAGGUGGGUGUGUAAAAGAGUUGAUGGUGGAGGAGAAAUGGAUUUUAGAAGGAUGUUUGAAAUUGAUGAAUGAAUCAAAUUGA